AUGGCCGAUUUGCCUAGUUCUAGAGUCUCGGAAUCUCCGCCAUUUUCUCACGUAGGAAUUGAUUAUUUUGGACCUCUCUUUAUCAAGGAACGUAAAUUUCGAAACAGAACUAAAGUCAAGGUCUAUGGAUGUGUUUUUGUUUGCAUGGCUACUAAGGCUGUACAUUUAGAAAUCGUAAGUGACUUAACUACCGAGGGUUUCUUAGGAGCUUUCGGACGUUUUAUUGGUAGAAGAGGGGUUCCAUCUCAUGUAUAUUCUGAUAAUGGUACCAAUUUUGUGGGUGCAAAUAAUCAACUAAUAGAACUUUACCAACUAUUCAACUCUAAGUCCCAUCAGGACAUUGUUAACAACUAUGCCAUAAAGAGAAACAUUGUCUGGAAAUUCAAUCCACCUUUAUCUCCUCAUUUCGGGGGUAUCUGGGAGGCGGCAGUCAAGUCAUUUAAACACUAUUUUAAACGAGUAGUGAAAGAACAACUUUUAACAUUUGAAGAAUUAAAUUCUCUAGCUAUACAAAUUGAAUCUAUAUUAAAUUCUCGUCCUCUAUGUUCAUUGUCAAGUGAUCCUAAUGAUCCUAUUGCUUUAACUCCUGCACACAUUUUAAUAGGUCGUCCUCUCACUAUGCUACCUGAAAAUGAUUUUUCUGACGUUCCAGAUAAUAGACUAAGCUCAUGGCAAUUCACUGUCAAGGCGCGACAAGAUUUCUGGAAACGCUGGUAUUUGGAAUACCUUCAUGAGUUGCAGACCAGGCAAAAAUGGGACUCCAAUCGAGGGGAUAUUAAGGUCAAUCAAAUUGUCUUACUAAUGGACAAAAACCAACCCUGUAUGCGGUGGCAGCUGGGAGUAGUGAUCGAGACUCAUCCAGGAGAGGAUAACAUAACACGAGUGGCUUCAAUUCGAACAGCUCAAGGCAUAUAUAAACGGAAUAUUACUCUGUUAUGUCCAUUACCAAUCAAUUCUUAA